UUGAAUUUUACAAAUUUAGGGCAACAUUUAAAAUCUAAAACCAUGAACUUUAACAAAUAUUUUGCCAUUUUUGUCAUUGUGGUCUUGGGCCUUUUGGCUCAACAGACUGUUAAGGCUCAUAGCAUUUUUGGAGAUUUGAAAAAGGAUGUGGAAAAAGAAGCCCAUAAAGUUGGUGCUAAAGUGGAAAAUAUUGGCGAUAGAGUGGUUAGUGAUGUUCAUGAAACUGGUGGACAAUUGGUCAAUAUUGGCGAUAAAAUGAAAAGUGAUGUUCAAGAUACUAAAGCCAAAUUGGUUGAUUCUGGUAAAAGUGUGGUAAGCGAAGUUCAUGAUGUGGGCUCUGAAUUGAAAAAUGAUGGCAAAGAAGUGAUUAAGACGGCCAAAAAAGCUGUUAAGGUCUACAAAAUCGCUAAAACUGUUCAAACAGCUGGAAAGGUUAUAGGAGCAAUCGGCACUGUUGUUGGUGCAAUUCAAAAUGCCUAAAUAUUUUCUUCUUUAAAUACGAAAAACCUUUUUGAAGAUUGUUUUUAAAUAAAGAAAUCUAUUGAUUAUUGCAAAUUAUAAAAAUACC